AUGCCCUUACGAGCCUCGCACUGGUGGCUUCGAAUCGUUUUUCCAUGCCGGCACUUUAGCAUUCUCCGCGGAGGAACAAGCUCGAUAUCAAGGAUCUUUUCCACUGUCCCCACUUGCAUUGUGGAUGUGUACCUUGAUCGUCCGGCCGUCAUUCCUGGAAUCGCAGACCAAGCAACCGCUUUGCUGGUGAACUAUGGUAGCAGUGAGAGUGCAUUCUUUGAUGUCAUCUUUGGCAAAACCUAUCCCGAAGGCAAGCUUCCAUUUGACCUUCCUAGCAGUAUGAAGGCAGUGGAGAAGAGCAAGGAAGACGUCCCCUUCGAUACAGAGCUCCCUCUUUUCAAGUAUGGCCAUGGCUUGGAAUGCUAA